AUGGAGCAAACACCAGCGAAAUCAGAAUCCGAAUUACCAACUCUUCCGGAUGAUGUAACAGUAGAUAUGAUUCUACCGAGACUUCCGGUAAAACCCUUAACCCGCUUCAAAUCUGUUUCAAAAUUUUGGCUUUCAACAAUUUCAAGUAACACAUUCGCAAAAACCCACCUCAAAUUUUCAUCAUUAUCCAACACCAAAUCCCUUAUUUAUAAGGAGCUUUUCAGUUAUCGAAAUCGCGGCUCUUAUUUAUCCUUUGAUGAAUGCGACGAUAUGAAAGAAUUUGUUAACUUAGAGGAUAAGUAUCUUAAUAUCAAUGACCCGAGGUAUACUCGUCGGGCUGCUCGUGUCGUGGGUUCUUGUAAUGGUCUUUUGUGCAUGUUUGAUAGCGAUGUUUUGGAAUUUAUUCUGUGGAACUCUGUAAUGAAUCAAUACCGCAAUGCUGGUGGUCCUGAAUUUAAUUAUGUGUUAAAUGAUGAUGUUGCCGGUGUCGGGUUUGGUUACAUAUCUUCUAUUGAUGACUAUAAGAUAGGGUGUUUAGUACAUUCUGAGGAGGGUGUGUGUCGUGUUAGUGUUUAUUCACUGAAAACCGGGGAAUGGAAAGAAACGGCUAGCAUAGAAGAGAAAGGGUUCUUUUCUAUAGAACGACGUUAUUACUCAGUGUUAGUUGAUGAUAUUAUUUAUUGGUCUCCGGUAGUCAGAAGAGAAUAUGAGGAUAAGGAAAGUCAUAUCGUUGGGUUGAACUUAAUUAGUGGACUUUUGACAAAAGUCCCAUUAGGGAAUUUGCUUACCGGGUAUUUCGAUGCUAAGGUAUUCGAGAUAAAAGGGUGUUUGUCAUUGUGUUGCAAUUCUGUUGUUGGUAGAAGACGACGUGCUAAGCGCGUUUCUGAUGUUUGGACUUUUAAGAAAAAUGGUGACAAGCAUUCUUGGGAGAAAUCGUUCUCAAUCAAUAUGGAAGGCAUAACUUUGCUUUACAUAUUUGAGUCCGGAAAAUGUUUGGUAAGUCAAAACUCAAACCAGCUUAUGCUACUUGAUCUUAGUCAGGCAGAAUAUGUAGAAGUUACCGUUUUUUGGCAACGACAAAGAAGAGGAAAUAUCUAUCACAGAGCUAUAGCAGACGUGUGGAACUAUACUGAGAGUCUCAUUUCGCCUUCUGGGAUAUCUGCGCGUGUGGUGAAUGAAGAUGGUGGCGAGACUGGAGAAAGAAUUGAAGAACAUGCUUAG